CAGCAAACAUGCUACGUCUUAUGCAGAACAGGCUGAAGGAAGAGGAACAGCAUCUGCUUAUGAGUGGAAAUAAUGAUGAUUCCGACGUAGAGAUUCAAGAGGAUGAAGGACCUGAUAGUGAAGGGGAAGACAGGCAGAUCUUGAAGCAGCGCACCACCACAGAAACACUACUGCAAGGAAGAGCUGGCGCACACAUUGUGGGAUCAAUGCAAGGUGGAGACACGGAGGAAGAUGAGGACUCGGGGGAUAGUGAGAUUGACCUGGAUGAGGAUGAAGAUGAGGAGGAUGAUAUGGAAGAUGACAGCAUGGAAAUCUCCCCGAGCAAAUCCAGUCACCGAGCAAGGAAGCCAGAGCCACUAGAGGAAAGUGAUAAUGACUUUUGACCCUUUAGUAGCAGGACCAGGAGGCAUCUUGAAAUAUAAACUUUGGAGAGCAUGCAGACCAGGAGCUAAUAUCCUGCCAUCUGAAAAGGGCUUGUCAGCAUGAAUUCAGGAGUUGGUAAAUAAUGUUCAUUAAACUUGGAAAUUAAACUUGGAUUGCCAGUCUUGUGACUCUCAAAGCAUGAGCAGUUUAUCCGUAAUGAGAAUCACAGUAAUGUGGAGUGUGGUUAUUUCCAUAAUUGCAUUAGAACUGGCCCUCAUGCACUGCAGUGCCAAAAGUCACACUCCAGUGAGCAUCAUAUGCUUGAUUUCCCUGCAUUUUAUUAUGUCCAAACAGGUUUUUUUGGCCUAAUAAAACUGGAUGAAAAGCUG